UUUGUUGGUUAAAGGCCUUAACGAGGAGAAUCGUUUUAGGAUGGGGAUUACAGUGUUUUUAAGGUUAUAGAAUUUACAGUUUUGUGAGUUAGAUUGUAUUAGUUGGGUGCGCAGCACCACAUGAGGAGGGUCAAAAGGCUGUAGCUCUCUGAAUCAAGUGGAGGUGGUGGAAGCUUGGAUCUGGCUGUGUGUCGUAAUGACUAAUCAGGCAGAGUUACUGCGUCCCCACGGUCAGUGGAGGUGAGUGCAGGGGCCCGACCUGAGACUGGAUCAGUUCAGCUUCAUUAGGCCCCUCUCACAGACCUCAGCCCUAAAUAGAAUAAAGCUGUGUCCAUCAGAAUAUCAAUAACCAAUCAGCAGAGUCCCCAGAUAUGACAUCACUACACUGAUCAGGGUUUACAUUAAGCUGACAGUUUGGUUUGAUUGGUUGGACCUAACUUUUGUCCCAGUUUAAGCCUGUGGAGGUGUUAUCUGUUGCUAAUUCUGAUUUACAAGCAUUGUGUGCAUUGUCAUUCUUACGCAAAACUUUAUUUUCUGAGUUGGUAUAAAUCAAUUUCCUAAAUUAUGAAAGAUUCUUAAAAGCGCUUCUUGUUAAAAUUGUAUUGCUUGAAUGUUAUGGUCUGGUCAUGAUUCACUGGGAUGGCUGUGCUCAUCUUGGAACUAUUAUGAAAAUAUUAUAAACUUUUGUUUGGGGAUUUGAUCUGAACUGCCUACCCAACCUAACUAAAAACUCACACUCAACAAGAAUCCAUAUGGAUCUAAAAUUCUUUAAGUUUGAGAUGUUAACCUUUGUUCUGUGCGGCCCCAUCCAGGCCAGAAUUGAUUCCUCUGGGGCAGGGGGGGGCGUACACCUGUCCAUACUGCCCCCUGCAGGCCCUGACAGACAUGGCACUGGUCCAGCAUUGCUUGAGCUGCCACAGAGGAGAAAGCUCUCCCAGGGUGUGUCCUAUCUGUGUGAGAACAGCCUGGGGGGAUACCAGAUACCACAGCCGCAACCUCAUAGGUCACCUGGCCUUGCGUCACCGGUUCAGCUAUGACAACUAUGUGAAUGUGUCGGAGGAUGAGGAGAGUCAUCUUUACCGUGCUAUUCAGCAAUCUGUGCUGCCCAGCCUGGGUUGGAUCAUGAGACCUUGAGCUAUAUAAACUGCCCUCCGUAGAACGGACCCCUGCUGAAAAGACCUUUAGAUGUCGUCGAAUGCAUCUAGCCAGACAGAUCAACGUACUUGAAACAUCUAACUGACCUGUCUCAGUUCACCUACGCAGUAGAAAUUCACACAAACUUCUCACUUCUCUCUACUUAGGCACAUUUAAAGGACAUUGAUCAGAAGUAAGCCAAACAUUAGGUAGCCAACUGUGUUCUUAGGAAUCUCCAAAUAUUGUCCUUCCGUUAUGUUAGUUGGGGUAAUUUUCCUGACAAGCUACUGAUAGUCUGUUGUCGCCAAAGCAAAACAUACACCACAUACAACACCAGCAGGCCUAUUGCCAACGCAACAUCUGGAGAAAAGACCUGACCUUGAAAGUGAGUGAUCAGUAACUACUCUGCCUUCUCCUUUAGGAUGUCCAGAAAGGUCACCAGCAACAAUCACCAGCAACAAUGUGUAAUGACAAUCUCACAACAUUGGUGCACAUCAGAGUGUUACCUUCCUCCUGUGACCAGGACUUUACCAAAUAUUGACAGGCUAUCAAAGACGAAUGAACCGAACAGGGUUAAGUCCAGAAAGGUCACAGGAGGCAGACAACCCUCUGGUGUGUGUAUUGUCAUAGGAGACACUUGAGGGGAGGGGGGGGGGGGGGGGGGGUUCCAUUGGGUGUUUGGGGUCAUGUGCAGUGGUACAUGCUCUGAUUGUUAUGCAAAAAACACGAUUUGUUGAAACUUAUGCUUGAUGUUUCUCACACCUUGUUGUGUGACCUCCUGUUGCGUUGGUAGUUAUUAAC